AUGAGACUCAGCGUACCACCCCGGUUCUCGGGGGAUUACAUGGUGGGCGUGAGGGAACAGCUGGAUGGGAUGGUCAUGCGAUAUGUCUCACAUGUCCAAGGUGUCCUACUCGCACACUGGGACCAUACGUUCCUGGAUCAGACUGUCAACAUCAUCAACGAAUGUCCCUUUGGCGUGGCAGACAUCGAAUUUGAGGCGUUGAUAUGGGCGCCAAAGAUCGGCCAGAAGCUCUAUGGUACCCACUCCCUCUCAUCCCCGUCGCACCUCUCCCUCCUCUUUUCCCGCACAUUCAACGUCUCAAUCCCCCUCCAACAUAUCCCUCAGGACACGUACGAGUUCGAAGCGACCAAUCAAGACGAUGAAGAAGAAGAGGAUAGCGAUUCGGAGGAUGGCCUGAUAGGUCUCGGUGGACUCAACGGGCAUGGGCAGGUCGAGGAGGUCGGGAGGUGGAAGUCGAGGUCGACGGGCGAACUCGUUGGACAAGGUGGGAAGGGUGUGAAGUUUACUGUCAUCGGUAUGCAAGUCACCAACCAGAUGCUCUCCCUCACCGGCUCCCUCCUCGCCGACCCCCACAACCCCCCUUCACCCCCUCCCACCCCUGCCGCCGCUCAACCCAUGCGCGACUCCCCCACUCCCGAGCCUGAAUAUCACUCCCAAACGCCCGUUCGGCCAGCCAAGAAGCCCCGUCAAAACAAAGACAAGGAAAACACCAACAACCCCAUUGAACCGUCUCAUCCCAUCCCCGCUCGCGCGUCAAAACAGCCCCGACCAGUACCGGUCCUGGAGGAGAAGGAGGAGAUUGACGAGUCGUUCUUAUCUGCACGGGAGCUCAAGCAGAAGCGCAAAGAAGAGGCCAAGGCGAAACGGGAUGCGAGGAAGGAGAAGAAGGCGGAGAAUGUGAUGGUUGCGGCACAGGCUGUGGGUGGGGAUAUGGCUGUGGGUCUGGAAGGUGCGGAAGAUGCGGGAGCGGAGGUGGGGAAGAAGCGGAAGGGAGGUGCGGGCGAGGGUGGGCAGGCCAAGAAGAGGAAGGAGUGA